GUUUGAGUCUUCCUCUUCCCCUCCUUUCUUAUUCUCCUCACCUCUCAAAUCAUUUAAAAGUGCAUCAAUCGGUCUUCUAUAGACAUUUUUGAACCACUGCAAUCGUCCAAUCGAAGCUCUCACAUCUUAUCUUCAAUAGGUGUUACUCCCAUUUUAUGUCCGAUUGUCUCAUUCCUCAAGUAGUUUUUUCUAGUAUGUCUGCACGUCCAAUGCAACAUGUGCAUCUCAACCACAAUAACCUUUUGAAUGUGACAUUGUUUCGUCGUCCAUCACUCUAUACAACAACAACACCCAAGCCUUAGUCUCAAAAGAAUUGGGGUCGGCUAACAUGAAUCAAUACAUGAUAUCACCACCAAAAGGAAAAGAAAGAAAAUAAAGAUAAAAAAGAUAAGCUAUUAUGAAAAAGAUAAUAUUAAAAGAGAUGAGUAUACCCAAAAAUGAUAAAAUAAAAAGGAUAAAAUAAUGUUUAUAUAUAUAUAUAAGGAUGUUAGGGACCCGGGCCUAUUAGAUACUAAGAAUAAAGGACCGGGCCUAUUAGAGUAUUAAUAAGAAUAAAGUGUAUAAGUUUAGUAUAAAUAGAAGAUAGCAGGGAAGGGUUUAGUAGGCUGUUUUAGACUUUGUCAUUUGGGACUUGGGAAGAUCGAGAGCUAAUCUCUUUCUUUGGGGUACUUUGGCUCAUUUGGGGGCUUCGGCCAUACUCUCUCUCUAUCGUUGUUACAGAUUCUGUUCAUCUUCAAUAAAAUUCUCAAAUUGUUCUUGUUAAUUUCUCUGUAACUUUACUGCUAACCUGGAGGGCUGUAUCAUUGGUAUCAGAGCCUUUGAUGCUGUGAAUGGUGGGAACAAGGAAGAUGAUGGAGGGAUGAAUAGCUGAAGUAGAAACGAAGUAUGAAAACCUGAUCGCGAUGACGACGACGAUGACGACGACGAUGCAGGCUGGCAUCGCGGACCUCCAAAACAGACAUUCCGAUCGAUCCAGGAGUAGGUCGAAUCGGUCGCAUCAUUCAACGACAUCGCAUCACCAUAGACGUGUGAAGAAUAGUGAUAGUUCAGAUGGAUCAGACCACUCCGCUUCGCAUAGCCAUCGCGACUCACGCAGAAAUCAGCGGCACCAUCAACAGGUAGGUCGAAAAAUUGACCUACCUAUUUUCAAUGGCGAUGAUGUGUUUGGAUGGUUAGUACGGAUGGACCGGUACUUCCGAUUGAACAGGACAGACGAAGAAGAUAAGAUUGACGUUGCAGUCGUGGCCAUGGAGGACCAGGCCUUGAGCUGGUUCCAAUGGUGGGAACGACAAGCUCAACAUCAAACUUGGAAUGCUUUUACUACUGCUCUGUCCAAACGAUUUCAACCAGAAUUGGUGCAAGAUCCUUUGGGACCACUACUCAGUUUGAAGCAGAAAGGAACGGUGAAAGAAUACAGGGAUAAAUUUGAGACUGCCAUUGUGUCCCAAGGCCACUUAACUGAAGAAGUCUUGAGAGGAAUUUUUCUUAAGGGAUUGAAAAGAGAUAUAAGAGCAGAAUUGAAGUUACAUCGUACUAGAACGUUGGCAGAAGUUAUGGAUACUGUGUCCGCGAUUGAGAACAAGAAUUCUGAAACCUUAUUUGUGAAGAAUAAGGAUGAAGGAAAGAGGAAAUGGCAGACUAAACCUAUCAUCCAGUCUUCAGGCCAGAAAUGGGGAGAUGAAAGCAGGAAGGAAGGUAUCUAAUGAGACAAGUCCCAGGCUAUCCCAAGAAGAACUAUUAAACAGAAGCAAGAAAGGACUCUGUUUUAAAUGUGGUGAAAAUUGGGGAAGAGGACAUGUCUGCAAGAUGAGGAACUAUAAAAUGAUCCUAGUGGAGAAUUCGGAGGGUGAAGCUGAUUCUGAAGUUGAAUCACUGGAAUCUGGCAGGGAUAAGACCACACCUCUAGAAUUGAAGACCAUGCAGUUUUCUUUAAGUGAUGAGAAAGACAUAACCCCUGUGAAAACCUUUAAGGUGAAGGGUAAACUGGAAUGGAAUGAAGGUGAAAACACUGUAAAUGGAUGGAGGUGCUACACACAAUUUUAUGUCACUAAGCUUGGUGGAAAAGUGGAGGAUUCCUUAUACUCCUUUUCAGGGGAAUAGGGUGCAGUUAGGGAAUGGAGAAUGUAUUCAAAUCCGUGGCAGGUGUGCAGGUGUAGAUCUGAAUGUGCAAGGAAUUGGUAUUCAUCAAACUUAUUACUUAUUGGAGCUGGGGAGCACGGAUUUAGUCUUGGGAAUGGACUGGCUAACAAGCUUGGGAGACACGGAGAUUAACUUCCAAAGUCAGACCUUCAAAUGGGAAGUACAAGGGCAGAAGGUGAUUUUACAAGGAGAUGACUCAUCAAGUGAACAGGAUGUUGAAGGAGGAUAUGUUCAAAAGCAUGAAGUAGCUGUCCCUUGUGUUGCAGCAGGCUGCACCUUGGUCUUCCCAAAAUCUGCAGGAAUCAAAGUUUUGGAUCAAAUUUUCUGGCCUCUGUGGAACUAUGCUAUGAAAUACAUAGAGCGGAAGAUGGAAGUAGUAAAGCAAAAGGUCCAGCAGACAAAUUAGUAUUGGAGAGGGUGGGGUGCUAGGAUGAAAGAAAAGAAUAAGGUUGUGGCUGUGUCCUAUCACCCACCUUGGGGGGCUUUGGCUCAUUUGGGGGCUUCGGCCAUACUCUCUCUCUCUCUAUCGUUGUUACAGAUUCUGUUCAUCUUCAAUAAAAUUCUCAAAUUGUACUUGUUAAUUUCUCUGUAACUUUACUGCUAACCUGGAGGACUCUAUCAAAGGAUGAAAGGAUAAAAAAUUUAAAAAAAACAAGAAAUAAAAUAAAAUAAAAUAAAUAAGGGGAAAAGAUAAUACGAGAUCACUCCUCCACACGAAUACCCGUCCUCCACUUUGCUCUUUCCAAAGCCAUACCCUCAUCUAACCCAAGAAGAAGCAUAUCACUUCGGACUCCCCUAACCCACGUCUGUUUGGGCCUUCCUCUCCAUCUCUUCCUUGCAUCUUGUCCACACAUCUCAACUCGUCUCACGCGUGCAUCACUCGGUUUUCUACGCACAUGACCAAAUUGAUGUUCGACAAAACUUACCCUUCAGUCUAGUAUGCAUAUGUCUAGUCCUGUCAACGGGUCGGAUACGGGCCGGAACUAUAAAUUCCAUAUUCAUAUUUGUUGAAUUUUUUUUAUCCAGAUCCAGACCCAUUUACCCUUCGGGUCUUAAACAUAUGUUCCAGAUUUGGAUCCGGCGGGUCUCGGAUCCAGGCGGGAUAUACCCGCAAAAAAAACUAAAUGACAUAUGCAAACCAAUAUAUUUAAUACUCCCUCUAUUAUAUUUUGUAAGAUAUAUUUCCUAUUCACUUGGUCAACGCAAAUCCAUCUUAAUCUCUUACUUUAUAUAUCAAUUUUUUUUUUAUCAAAUUUGAUUUUGGUUUUUGCGACUUUGUAAAGCGUUUAAUGUAGUUUCUGAAUAUGUAAUUCUUUUUUUCUAAAAAUAAUUUGAGUGCCGACAGAGAUCCGUUUGAUUUAUCAUCGGUCAAACAUCGUAAAUCGUAAAAUGCCUUACAAUUCGGGACGGGGGGAGUAAAUAACAAAAAAAUGUUCGUGUUAGAAGAGAUCAUAUAUAAAUAAGCGAAAUGUUGUUCUAUCCAUUACUCCGUAUGAACUAUACAAUAAUAUACAUAGUAUGUUAUAUGUAUAUUACUGAACUCAUAGAGAACCUAGAGCAGUAACUCAUUAGCAAAAAUCCCAUUAUAGUCGGCCAACCACUAACUAAGCCUACAAAUAUUAAAACAUUUUUUAUGUUUGAUUAUUUCCCUUAAUUUAUGUUUAAAUAUUUCUAUGUAUAUUGUGUAUGUAUAUGUAAAAAAUUAUAACUAUAAUUAUAUCAUCACGAGUCGGGUCUAAAACGGGCCGGAACUUAAAAAUCCAUAUCCGACCCAUUUUCUCUAUCAUGUAACGGGUUCGGAUCCGAAUCUGGGAAACGGUUCUAAAUUUAGACCCAUACCCUCAAAGAAAGUGCCGGAUUCGGAUCGGGUUCGGGUCUAGACCCGACCCAUUGACAGGUCUACAUACGUCAAUCACACAGAAAUCCUAAUGCACUCUUCCAUUUCAUCCAUCCUAUUCCGAUUUUGUGCAUUAGUUCACUAUUCUGAACUAUGGAGCCCAACCAAUGGAACAUAUCACUGAUCGAUAUUUGCUUACCAUUUAGGGGAAUCUCACCGUUACCAUUUCUUCUACCUCCACCAAACAUGCACUCCAUGUGCUCUAUUUUGUGUCAACUCAGCCUGUUACUCUUGCUUUUCGAAGUUUGUCACCAUAUUUUCAACUUUGAUUUAAUACCCAAUUGUGUCCAUGAAUCGAUACAAUAUUGUCGGCAAACAUCAUGCGCCACAAUGUAUCUUCUUGAAUAAACUUCGUAAGUUUACCUAUCAACAUCAUCAUCAUCAUUACCCUAGUGCCGCAAAGGCUCCCAUCUACGGUAAGGUAAGGGGAGGUCGGAUGUACGCAGUCUUACCCCUGUAUUAAAACACAGAGAGACUGUUUCUGGAUGAUCUAUAGUGAAAUUCGCAUCGAAAAAUGCAUAGAGUGACUUCUGCUUCAUAACAAAUAAGCGCAUAUAGUUUAGUAAAAUAUUUUGCUUUAUUCCAUCAUAUUCCUAAGCCAAAAAAAUAGUGAGUGUUUGGCUCCAUUGCAAAUGAUGGAAUAAGAAAGAACUCAAAGCCGAUCCUUGGUGCACUAUGAUAGUUAUAGGGAACUAGGAAGUACAGAAAUGGCAAUGUGGUUCCCGUUUCCGUCCCAGAAACGUUUCAGAAACAGGAAAUGCCCGGAAACAUUUCUGAGCUAUUGGGCCGGGUUGGGGAAACGUUUCCAAAACAUGAUUUGAGGCGGGCUGACGCGUUACUUCUAUAUUUAAAGGAAAACCUGGGUCGGUCAAUCAGUCGCACUCCCCUUACCGACAAAUUGAAAGUCUAAAACAAUACCUGCCAGGAAGAAGAAAGUGACAAAGGGCGAUUCAGAUUUGAAGGUUGAAACAACAUGCGACGCUCGCAGAAUAGACAGAGAGUUUCGAGCAUCGCCUGGAGUGUUGAUAUGUUGGAUGGCUAAAGUUGGCGAGUGGCAUCUGAUGGUCUUCUAGACGGUGGGUAUCUGGGUGAGGGCUUAGGUAUGGAACAUACAUAAGUUACUAGUUCAUCUAGCUAUCGUGGGAGUGGGUCCGAGAGUUCUUCAACAGGUGUUGAUAAUACACCUUUGUGGAAAUAUGUUACCAAAUUAGGUAAAAGUGCGGAUACAUGAGGUAAGGAGCUCACUUGCUUCAAUUCUAAAACAAGAAAUUGCUAUAUAAAAAAAGUCCAACCUAAUGAUUUGUGUGAGAUGAAAAAGUUGGAAGAACUUGAAAAAAUGAAAAACUGCUACACCUAAGGAUGUUCCUUUACCUUUUGGCGGGGUCACAAAUGGAUUUUAUAGGUAACUCUAGUUUACCCAAUAAAAAAAAUGCUAGCAUGGGUACUUUGGAGAAAGUGUUUGAUUUGGAUGCUAGAGGGAAAUUAGAUGUAGAAGUUAGCAAGAUGUUUUUUACAGGAGGGUUGCCAUUUAAUCUUGCUAGGGAUCCAUAUUAUUUGAGAGCCUAUUCUUUUGCUGCCAAUCACAAUUUAGGAGGUUAUGUCACCCGGUCUACACUAAAUUGUGGAGCACUUUACUUAUGUAAUAAAAGAAGGCAAAUGUUGAGAGGCAAAACCACCCAAAGCUAGUAAGCUACUUGACUGAAAUGUGGAGUUACAAAUGCGACUGAUUGUUGGAGUUAUCCUCAUAUAAGACCUAUAAUUAAUUUUAUGAGAACUUCUGGAAGUGAUCCUAUGUUUCUUAAAGCAGUGAAUUGUAUGAAUGAAUUUAAAUCAAAAGAAUUCAUUGCCAACUUGAUUAAAGAAGUCAUUGAUUUGACAGUUCAUCAAAAUGUGGUGCAGAUGAACAAUGAUAAUGCUUCAAAUUGCAAAGGUGUGGGAGAAAUAAAUGAAGAUAUGUAUUCCCACAUUUAUUGAACACCAUGUGUAGUUCAUACUUUAAAUCUUUCCUUAAAGAACGUAUGUGCCAUAAAGAAUGUGGAGAGCAACACAUAAGUUUAUGAUUAAUAUCAUUGGACCACUGAAAUUCAUGGUGAUGCUAUUCACAUAAAGAAUUUCUUCAUGAAUCAUAUUAUGAUGGUAUCCAUGUUCAACAAAUUUAUGUCCCUUAAAUUACUUGAUGUGAUGGAAAACUUUUUUGCUUCUAUAAUUGUGAUGCUUAGGUUUAAACUUAUUAGACGUGGUCUUAAGGUAAUGGUGUUGAGUGAUGAGUGGAUAUCAUUUCGUGAAGAUGACCACAACAAAACAAGGUUUGUGUGGGAGAAGGUUUUAAGCGAGUAUUGGUGCGAUCAAAUUGAUUACAUUUUUGCUUUCUCGGAUUAUAUCUACAGUAUGGUUCGAGCAUGUGAUACCGAUUGGGCGUGUCUUCAUUUGGUAUAUGAGAUGUGGGUUUCAAUGAUUGAAAAAAUGCGUGUCGAAAUCUAUAAGCAUGAAGAAAAGUCUCUCGAUUCAUAUAAUGCUAAUGCUUUCUUCAAAGUAGUAUAUGAUAUUCUUGUGCCACGUUACGGAAAGAGUUCAAUACCACUUCACUACCUAGGCCAUUCAUUGAAUCCAAUGUAUGUCAUACCUUAAGAUCAUCAUUAGUUACCAUCAUAUGUUACUACCUCCGUCCCGCUAGAAGGUUCCCAUAGCAAAACGGCACGGUUAUUUAGGUGAUAAUUAAAUAAAGUACUUCGGGUAUAUUUUGAGAAAUAAUUUUAAUAGGUAUAUAUUAUAAUGUGUUAGUAUUGAUAACUGUGAUGUUAUAAAUGUAUUAUUUGUAAUAUUUAAUGACUAAUUUGUCACUUAAGAUUGUGUUAGGGAUUGGGCCUAAUGGACUGUUAGGAAUUGGGCCUAAUAAACCCAGAAUAAUAAUAAGUGUAAUAGUUAGUAUAAAUAGACUAAACUGGGGAGAAGUCGAGUAGGCUGUUUUAGACUUUGACUUUGGGACUUUGGGAGAUCGAGAACUAUUCUCUUUCUUUGGGGGGCUUCGGCUCAAUCUUGGGGGCUUCGGCCAGAACUUCUUGUUCAUCUUCAAUAAAAUUCUCUUUGAUUCUUAAUAAAUUUCUGUAAAUUUUACUGUUUACCUGGUGGUUCCUAUCAAUUGGUAUCAGAGCGUGUUCGAUCCCUUGAUGAGAAUUACGCGCGCUAAAAUGGAAGGCAGAAUUAACGAUGUGGAGCGGAAUCAGAGAGAGAUGGAGACGAGGACUGAGAGGCAUCUGCAGGAAAUACAGAAUACGCUGUUGGAGAGAAUGGCGGCGAUGCAAACUGACAUCGCAAGGUUGCAGGUCAAUCGAUCGGGACGGUCGGGGAGCCAUUCACAUCGAUCGAGUACGUCGCAUCGAUCAUCUCACCGGCAUUAUGCGAAGAAUGACGAUAGUUCAGAAAGUUCGGAGUAUGAAUCAAACCCUACAGCCUAUCAACAUGAUUCCAGACAUCGUCGAAGGCACAAAUAUCAUCACCAUUCGCCUCACCAUCAUCGUUCACUUCACCAUCAUCGUUCAACUCACCAUCAUAGUUCGCGACAAGCAACCAGCUCAGAAGGAUCGGAAAACAAUUCGGAUUACUCUCCUCCACGUCGACAUCAACACCGCGAUCACCACAGGUAUCAUCGAAAUCAUCCUCCGAUAGGAAGGAAAAUCGAAUUACCUCUUUUCAAUGGGGAAGACGCAGCCGGAUGGUUAGUCAGAAUGAAUCGCUACUUCCGCUUGAAUAGGACUGAAGAAGAGGAUAAGAUUGACGUUGCAGUCGUGGCCAUGGAAGAUCAGGCCUUAAGCUGGUUUCAGUGGUGGGAAGGACAAGCAUUGCAGCAGAAUUGGAAUACUUUUACUCAAGCUUUGACCAAGCGGUUUCAACCUGAUCUGGUACAGGAUCCGCUAGGACCUCUGUUUAGCCUGAAGCAGAAGGGAACAAUUCAGGAGUACCGAGAUAAAUUUGAAAAGGCUAUCACUUCACAAGGCCACUUAACGGAAGAAGUCUUGAGAGGAGCUUUUCUUAUGGGAUUGAGAAGAGAUAUAAGAGCAGAAUUGAAGUUACAUCGUACUAGAACGUUGGCAGAAGUUAUGGAUACUGCUUCCGCGAUUGAGAACAAGAAUUCUGAAACCUUGUUUGUGAAGAAUAAAGAGGAGGAAAGGAAGAAAGUGCAGAAUAAAAAUCAGAACUGGGGAGAUGGUUAUAGAGGGAGUUCUAGCUACACAACCAAGAAUCCAUCUGGCAAAUAUUCAGUUGAUGAUAUGAAGAAGGAGGAAUCUUCAAACUCAGUUCAGCAGAUUACAAACCCUAGAUUAUCACAGAAUGAGCUGCAAGAAAGAAGUAGAAGAGGAUUAUGUUUUAAAUGUGGUGAAAACUGGAACCGAGGUCACAAUUGCAGGAUGAAAAAUUUCAAGAUGGUGCCGAGGAGACAAUCUGAAGGAGAGGAAGGAUCUGAAAAUGCAUCUAGUGACUCAGAAGAAGAAAAAGGGGUUCAUAAGGAACUCAAAUCUAUGCAGUUGUCAGACCCAAGUAAAGAAGGAAGCUAUUCUAUGAAGACUUUCCAGGUAAAAGGGGAAUUGAAAUGGUCAGAAAAUGAGCAACAGGUGAAUGUAUCGAUUGAUAGUGGUGCUACCCACGACUUUAUAUCCCAACAACUUGUAGAAAGAUGGCAGAUACCUUUUCAAAGUAUCAAGGGAUAUAAGGUACAGAUAGGGAAUGGAAAACUGAUCUCCAACUAUGGUAGAUGUGAAGGGAUGAAACUGAAUGUGCAGGGCAAUGAAAUUCAACAGAAUUUUUAUAUGUUGGAGCUUGGUGGGACUGACAUGGUGCUAGGAUUGGAAUGGUUGACUAAUCUAGGUGAUAUGGAAGUUAAUUUCCAAAACCAGAUCAUAAAAUGGAAGAAACAAGGGCUGAAUCAUGUUAUUCAAGGUGAUGGGUAUUGGUUGUACUGUGAAGGACAAAGCACAAAGCAGAUGCAAGAACAAAGAAUUGAAGGCAGAAGGAAUGAGUUUAUAAAGGAGUACCCUGAAGUUUUCAAGUCAAUUCGGGAUAGAAUGUCAUGGCAGUUGUGUAAUUCUGCUGUGAAAUACAUAGGAAAAAAAAUGGAAUCAGCCAAGCUAAGGGUCCAGAAAUCAUGCCAGUAUUGGAAAGGAAGAAGUGCUAGGAUGAAAGAAAAGAUAAAGAUUGUGGCUGUGUCCUAUUACCCACCUUGAGGGCAAGGUGGAUGUUUAGGGGGGAGUAUGUUAGGGAUUGGGCCUAAUGGACUGUUAGGAAUUGGGCCUAAUAAACCCAGAAUAAUAAUAAGUGUAAUAGUUAGUAUAAAUAGACUAAACUGGGGAGAAGUCGAGUAGGCUGUUUUAGACUUUGACUUUGGGACUUUGGGAGAUCGAGAACUAUUCUCUUUCUUUGGGGGGCUUCGGCUCAAUCUUGGGGGCUUCGGCCAGAACUUCUUGUUCAUCUUCGAUAAAAUUCUCUUUGAUUCUUAAUAAAUUUCUGUAAAUUUUACUGUUUACCUGGUGGUUCCUAUCAGAUUGUUAAUUGUUUCCUAAAAUGGAAAUGAGAACCUUCUAACGGGACAUCCAAAAAAGGAAAGUGAGAACCUUCUAACGGGACGGAGGGAGUAUUUUAUUUAAUUAUUAAAGUUUGGGUUGUAUUACUUUUGUAAUAGGUUUUACAUUGAGGUUUGGUUUGAUGCGGAUCUCGCUAGAGUUCCUCCUCAUAGAGAUGGUGAGAUCUCUCAAGAGAGAAUGAAAUGGUUCGGAUGGUUGUUUCCAGGUAGUGAUGAUUAUGAUAUAGUUUUGGAUGAGUUUGCUUCUUUUUCACUUAGGAUGGGGCCUUUUGCAGUUAUUACACCUCUUUCGGAGGGGAAAUAUGGAUCUUAAAAGUUGGUGGGCUAACUUUGGUGCUCAAACACCAAUCCUUCAAUUGCUUGCUUGAGUUCUUGGCCAACCUACGUCUUCACCUUCUUGUGAACGUAAUAGGAGUACUUACUCCUUUAUCCAUUCACUUAGGCAGAACAAGUUAACUCCUAUGCAUGCGGAGGAUUUGGUACAACAACCUUCGCCUUUUGUCAAGGAAUUCUGAGCGAUACACAAAAUACACAAAUUAGAAGACUAAUAUGUGGGAUGUUGGAAGAGAUGAGUUUGGCAAUUUGGAAGAAAUGGGCUAUUUGGCAUUUGCUAAUUUAUCCUUAGAUGAGCCAAAAUUAGAGUGUGUUUAUCAUUGAAUGUUGUCAUUUUAUUUAGAGAAAACAGACAAAUAAGCCCUCGAACUAUUUGCGUUUUUGCAUUCAAGCCCCUGAACUGGAAGAAGUACAAAUACACCCCUUAACUCAUUGAAAACCAAGCAAUCAGGUCUUUUACCCACUGGUGUCGUUAGUUUCUCAUCUCCUUACUUGCACCAACAGGUAAAAAAGGACCUGAUUGCUUGAUUUUCAAUGAGUUGAGGGGUAUAUUUGUAAUUCUUCCGAUUGCAAAAACGCAAAUAGUUCGAGGGCUUAUUUGCCUGUUUUCUCUUUUAUUUAUUAUUAUGUAUGAAGAAUGGAUUAUAACAAGGGCAUAUGUUUGAUUUAUUUGUUGGGUGUAAACAUGACCUAUAUUAGUAAAAUUUUAAUUUUUAGUUCGACGUUUCCUUCUCGUACCUGUAUUUUGAGUUUGGAGCUUCCCCGUCUGCAUUUCCGUCCCUGUUUCCGUUUCCGUCUCGGUGCUACUUAGAUAGCGAACCUUGCAAUCUACACUAGUACAAUUAUAUACAUAUCCAUGAUGAUGUUGAUAUACUUAUGUGAUAUGCCUUUUCUAGUUAAGGCCCACCAAAGGACUCUUUCGAGGUACCCUAUCAUCAUGGUUGUCACGUGGUGAGGCGAGGUGGCCCACCUGCCUUAUUGCCUAGGCAACAAUUAAGUGACUAGUCACACCAUAUGUCCAUAUGUAAGUAUAUAACAUAAUAUAUUUAAGGCUAAAGGAUCAAAUAGGCCCCGUACUUGUCCAAAAUGUUCAAUUUACCCCCUUAACUAAAAAAAGAUCCAAUUGACACCCUGAACUCAACAAAAACAUUCAAAUUUAACAUUUUGCAAGUCAUGAUCCGGUCACGGCCACGUGCAUCCGAAGUGGCUACUAAAGGGUCAAAUAAGCUCUUGAACCAGAACGAAUCAUUCAAUUUACCCCUUCAACUCUUAAAAAUGUCGAAAUUUUGAAAUAGAUAAAUAAAAAAUACAAGUAUAAAAUAAAAUGCACAUCGAAAAUAUAAAAAAAUAUGAAAUAUUUAUAUCUUGCGGUCAAUUCAAAAUAAAAAAUAAAAUUAAAACUAAAAGAAAUUAACUUUAUUUUCAUAUUUUAUAACAACUACGUAUUCAUAUAAGAAAUAAACAAUGUAUCUUUACCAACUAUAUUAAAUUUUUUAUUUUAUAUGUUAUAUUUAAUGGUUUGUAAUAUAACACAAAUU